CAUUUGCUUCUAGCCACAUUGAAAGAAAUGUUCAACACUUCAAUACCAUUUGAAAAGUUAAGGCAAACAAACCGGAGGAAGUCUUGGAAAAUAGUUUUAGUUAAUAUAGAUUGCAACCCUCUCAACUUCUGUGUAGACAUGUACUACUUUUAUCUACUUUAAUUCAGCCAGAAGAAAGGAAGAUUACAAGUAUUUUUAGUACUUAAAUCUGAAUACUUGGAGAUUUAUUUUCAGAUAUUUAUGGAAUGUUUAAAUAAAGAAGUUAGCUCACAGCUGUUUUGCAUCUGAUCAGAACUCACUGAAACCAGAGAUCUUUCUUGCAUGACAGCACUUAACAGGACUGGAAUUGAUCACUGGCAAUAUUCUGGCAUUUAAGACAACCUCUAGUGUCAUUCUGAAUGAUAUGUAAUGUAACCUCUGAGAAUUCCUCAAGUGCAGUUUGCAUCUCUGCCUGCCCUGUUUUGCUGCAGGAGAACCUGGGAGCCUGUUUUUCAUUAUUGCUGGGAAAAAUACUUAAAGACUUUUUUAAAAUACUUUCAACACUACUGCAUCCAACCAGUGACAUGUUCUCCUGUUUGGAGGCCUGAGAAAAAGGAAACUAUUGGGCUUUAAGAUUUCACAGCUAUAUGUCAGUUAAGAAAGUGCUCAUUUCUGAACUUUCAGUUUAAGUCUGUUACUAGCUGCAGCCAAAACAGUCUACAAGAUGUUUUCAAGGAAAACUGCUGCAGGAUGGGUGCUGAUGUCCUGGAUACCGUUUUUAUGCGUCUCUUCAGAAAAAUGUCCAGCCUUUUGCAUUUGUGACAACAUCAAACACUCUGCUGCCUGCGUGAAAAGAAAUCUAACUGAGAUACCAGUUACCAUACCACAGGUAACACAAAAGCUUGACAUCAAAGGAAACAAUAUUAAAGUGAUUCCAAAUGGAGCUUUUCUUCAAAUUCCUUAUCUUACCUACUUGAACAUUCAAAACUGCAACGUUGAAAGUAUAGAAGAGGGUGCAUUUAGAGGCCUUGGACGGCUAAGUUACCUGAACCUGGGGCUUAAUAAAAUUACCAUCAUUCAUCAGGAGUCGUUUGAUGGAUUAUCAUCUCUUAAACAGCUCAUACUGGACAAGAAUAGUAUAGAAGAGAUAAAACCAGGUGCAUUCAGCCAAUUAGGUUUUUUAAACUUCUUGAACUUGGGAGAGAAUUUUUUGGUCUACUUACCAGAUAUGGUCUUCCAAGGACUGCAACAGAUCAAAUGGAUUCGCUUAUCUAACAAUAUGCUUAAUAUUAUUGCAGAUGGGGCUUUUGCCACAAUAACAAGUUUACAGAGAUUAAGUCUGAACAAUAAUGAGCUACAAUACCUUCCUACAGAAGCUCUUUCCAAGUUAGUUAAUGUCAUUAAGCUGGAGAUGGGCAACAAUCCCAUGACGUACAUUGGUGAGGAAGCAGUUAACAUGCCUUCUCUGAAAAUUCUCUUGAUGGACAACAUGGCUCUUCAGGAUGUUUCUCAUAAGGCCUUUGAGAAAACUCCCAAGUUGACUGUUCUUGAUCUCAAGAACAAUCAGCUAAGGGUUCUUCAACCACUGGAUGGAGUUGACCAGCUAAAAGUGUUCAAUCUAACAGGAAAUCCAAUUAUAUGCAACUGUUAUAUGCGUCCUUUUAAAGAAUGGAUGGACAAAGCUCGAAUUAAUGUAGACCUUAUCUGUGCUGGGCCAAGUACGUAUAGAGGAGAGAAACUGGAAGCUAUAAGGCCUAUAAAUCUAAAAUGUGAAAGCUAUCCUGAAGAAGAACACUUGCCUGUCCUGCCUGUUACUCAAAAACCAAAGAAAGAAGGUGCUACACCCUGUCCGGAAAACUGCGAUUGCAGUUCUGACCUGCAACACUCUACCUGUGAGAACAAAGGCUUGCAUAAGAUACCAAAGGGAUUUCCACCCGACACAAGACUUUUAGAUAUGCGCUAUAAUGAGUUCUACACAGUUCCCAGAAAUGCAUUCUCUGAUAUGAAAAAUGUUAUCUCACUCCACUUGCAGAACUGCAAAAUUGAUGACCUUCAGCCUGGUGCAUUUUUGGGCAUGAAAAAACUUGUGUAUCUGUAUUUAUCAGACAAUUUGAUUUCCACCCUAAAUCCAGCAGCCUUUGAGGGAGUCCCUCAACUAACAUACUUAUAUUUAGAACACAACAGGUUUACAAGUAUUCCAAAGGGUGCAUUCAAACUUCUACCCAACCUCCUUUCCUUGCAUUUACAGUACAAUUCUAUCAGCUAUGUUACAGGUGAAAACCUGGCAGGUGCUGAAAAAUUACGUUGGUUUUACUUAAGUGGAAACAACAUCAACUAUAUUGGCUCUGACGCCUUCAACUUUGCUGAAGAGCUUGAAAAGCUGCAUCUUGAUGAUAACCAGAUUUCAGAAGUACCAAUUCAUGCCCUGAAAAAGAUGCCCAUUUUGGAAGAGCUGAAGCUGUCUAAGAAUCCUAUUAAACAAAUUGGCAAUUUUGCCUUCCUCCCAUUGGCUGAUUCUUUGAAAAACAUCUACUUAGAUAACAUGGGACUGGAAAAGAUUGCAAGUGGUGCCUUUGCAGGACUUGGAGAAGGACUUCGGGAACUUUACCUUGAUGGAAACAAACUAGAAAAUCUACCAAGCCUUGAUAACUUUACCAGUAUAGAUGUGGUUACCUUGAAUAACAACCCAUUCAAGUGUGACUGUCAGCUGCUUCACCUGCGCAAGUAA